AUGUCUUCGUCAUCGGAAAACAUAUCCGCAUUGAAACAGUUUGUAGCCUCCAUUUCCAGCAUCAAAGGUGAUCUCUCCAAUAUUACCGCACCACCAUUCCUCCUGGCGCAGAAGUCCGCCGUCGAGUUUCCUGCCACCUGGUGCGAACGUCCUUCGAUCCUCGUUGCACCGGCUUUGGAGCCGAACGUCGAGAAGAGGGCCUUGCUUGUCCUGAAAUGGUAUCUAAGCGCGCUCAAGGCACAGCAGUAUCAUACUGGUCACGAGGCAGAUGGUGUUAAGAAGCCUCUCAACGCAUUCCUGGGCGAGUUAUUUAUAGCGGAGUGGAAUGAUGCCAGAACGGGAAAAACAAAAUUGAUCUCGGAACAAGUCAGCCAUCAUCCACCCGUUACAGCAUGCUAUCUGUGGAACGAGAAACAUGGAGUUCGAGCGCAAGGCUAUACAAGGCAAGAAAUCACAUUCAAUGGAGCUGUCAACGUCACUCAGACCGGUCAUGCCGUCCUGCACCUCGCCAAAUACAACGAGGACUACCUCCAGACCCUUCCGACGGUGCACAUCAAGUCACUCCUCACCGGAUCUCCAUAUCCUGAGCUGAGUGGCCCAGUCCAUAUAUACUCAUCAUCCGGUUAUACUUCAAAGAUCGAAUUUUCAGGAACCUCAUUUCUGGGACUAAGUGGCAGCAAGAGGAAUACUGUGCGUGCUAAAUUAUACAAGACCGGCGACGAAGAUAAUCCACUAUUCACGGUAGAGGGCCAAUGGAGCGAUGCACUCAUCUUCAAGGACGUACGCAAGAACAAAGAGCUCGAGGCUUACGAUACACAUAAAAGCCCAGCUACCUCCCUCACUGUUGCUCCGCUCGAGAAACAAGAUCCAUGGGAGUCACGUCGUGCAUGGUCCGGCGUGGUGAAGGCUCUCCGAGCAGGUGAUAUGCAGGCCACAAACGAUGCCAAAUCCAAAAUUGAAAAGGCGCAGCGAAUGAUGCGCAAGAAAGAGCAGGCAGAGGGAAGGAGGUGGGAACCCAAGUUCUUCUCGAGAGUCGACGAUGCUCCUGUAUUUGAGAAGCUGGGCACACCACAGGAGGAAAAGUUAUCACCGGACAAGACGAGUGGAGUAUGGAAGUUUGAUGAAGAAAAAUUCCGGAAAGCGAGAGUGCCAUUCCAUGCGCGUCUGGAGAUCCGACGCGGCGACGAUGCAGACAGAUGGAUCUUGACAGUGCCAGUGACAGUGCUGCGCCGUGUGAAGCUCGCCCUGUCACGCAAGUGGCCUGACCUGUAUCACUAUCAGCUCCCACCAUGGCAACAGAGCAUGCUCGACGGUUCAGAGCCCUCCAACCCGUCCUUCGUGCGUCCCUGCCUCGCAGAACUCUUCCGCACAUGUGUCUAUCCGGCGUCCCUAGCCCUACGGAUCGAGCAGGUCCUGCUGGCGGCAGCUGGCAAUCAUAGCCAGGCGAGUGAGCCAUCAGAGCACGAACGCUCGUGUGGAGAUGAAAAGAGAAGAGCAUACCGUCUGAUCCUAAGUGAUGGGGUGUUGGUGGUGCAGGCACUUCUUGAAAGCCGGCUGAUUGUAUUGAUCAACCUUGAAGAUGUUGUAGUUGGAAGUACCAUUGUUCUGAAGAGGUUCAGGAUCCAGCGAGCAAAGAGGUUGAAUGGUCAGGGCAAAGUAGUAUUCUUGAGAAUAGCAGAUUGCGAUUUCAUUCCCUCGAAGCCCCAGGCACAACAAACGCAAACGAAGAAGAGAUCUGCAAUUGCGGAACCCGAAGAGGAAGCAGAGGGGCAGAUCAUGUCCCGCAAGAGGGCCAAACACAGUGUCUCAUCCGCAGAACAGUCAUUUGAGCUCCAGAACAGCCGAAAGAGGCAUGCCGAGUCUGUCGACUCCUCCCACGACAGCGACUCUGAUGACUUUGAAACAAUAGCUAUCGACCGCAGAAAGCUCGAGAGCAAUCGCCAAGCUCUCCACGAGCUCAACGUCAAUCAAUCCUUUGACUCUCAGCACAGCUCCACCCCAACAACCGCAAUUGCGCGCAUAAGUGACCACCUCCAUCCGACCCGUCACCACCACGGCCGCUUCCCUCCGACCCACCAACAUUCGUCCGCAACCCAGACCACCAACCAAUCAAGACCCCGAGCAGAGCCAUCCCACGCGGCGGCGGCGCGCACAUCGCCCCAGAGAAGAGCAGCGUACCAAGCAUCCAGCACCAUACACCCGACCCUCCCUCCCCCAGCACAUCCCACACCUCAACAACAACAACAACAACAACAACAACAACAACAACAACAACAACAACAACAACAACAACAACAACAACAACAACAACAACAACAACAACAACAACAACAACAACAACAACAACAACAACAACAACAACAACAACAACAACAACAACAACAACAACAACAACAACAACAACAACAACAACAACAACAACAACAACAACAACAACAACAACAACAACAACAACAACAACAACAACAACAACAACAACAACAACAACAACAACAACAACAACAACAACAACAACAACAACAACAACAACAACAACAACAACAACAACAACAACAACAACAACAACAACAACAACAACAACAACAACUGAACGCGUACGAGCGGCUGAUGCGCCAGGAGAUCAAGUGGUUCGAGGAUGAUGAGGCCGUGUUGGAGAGUCAGGGCUGGGAUGUCAAGGCCAUGAGGAGGUGGUGGGAGGGGAGGAGUCGGGCUAGGACGAGGAGGAGGGGAGGGGGAGGAUGA